GUGUAGUUUCAUCAACAGUGAACCUAGUUGAACAUGAGAUAAGCUAGAGAGAUGAACUACGUGUUUUCCAACCUAUUGGGUGCGCCCUACCGCGGCGGCACCCUGCUUAUUCAGAAUAAUGAGCUCCUAACGCCCGUUGGAAACCGUGUUGGUCAGGUCAAUUUGACGGAGUCGACGAGCAAAUGCCUGCCUUUCGAGAAUUUGACACAGAUUCGGGUACUGUGCGCCAGUCCCGAUGGCACGCUGCUCGUGUCCGUCGACAAGGACGGGCGCGCCUUGCUCAUCAACCGCAAGCGGCAGACGCUGCUGCACCACUUUAGUUUCAAGGGACCGGUGGCUUGUGCCCGCUUCAGCCCGGACGGGCGCUACAUUGCUGUGGCUGUGGGCCGCCUGGUGCAGGUGUGGUGCUGCCCCACGCCCGACAAGCAGAUGAACCCCAUGCAGCUGCACCGCACGUACGGCCAGUGCCACAGCGACGUGCUGGACAUCGCUUGGAGCCCCGACGGCGCCUUCCUGGCAGCCGCCUCCAAGGACAUCACGCUGCGGGUGUUCUCGCUCAACCCCAUCCCCGGCUACGAGCCGCCCACGCUGUGCGGGCACAAGGACGCGCUGCUGGGCGUAUUCUUCGCCAGCCCCGCCAUGCUGGCCAAGGGCACGGCCGACGGCGGCGAGGCACCCUGCCUGUACUCGCUGUCUGUGGAUGGCUCGCUGCACGCCUGGACCUAUGCCGCCUCCGCCGCCUACACCCUGGACAACUUGGCGGCGCCGGUGGCCAAGCGCAAGCGGGAGGCGGCGGCGGCGGAGGCGGCGGAGAAGCAGCGGCGGCUGGAGGAGGGCGAGGAGGAGGAGGAGGCUGCUGGCGAGGAGGAGGGCGAGGGGGAUGCGGCGCGGCGGAAGAGCGGGCGGCGGGCGUCGACGUCGUCAGGCACGGCGGCGGGCGAGGAGGAACAAGCAGAGGAGGGGGGCAGGGGGGCGGAGGAGGCGACGAAGGAGGCGAGGCCCUUCCCCUACCUAGCAGGCGGCAAGUGGUACCUGACCUCCAAGCACUACUUCAACCAGCGCGGCAGCCGCGUGUCCUCCUACGCGCACCACGCGGCCUCGGGGCUGCUGGCUGUGGGCUUCAGCGGCGGCGUGUUCGACCUGUACUCGCUGCCCGACUUCGCCAACCUGCACACGCUCAGUGUGGGCCAGGAGCGCAUCACCUCGCUCGCCUUUAACGACACCGGAGACUGGCUGGCGGUGGGCUGCGCGCGGCUGGGCCAGCUGCUGGUGUGGGAGUGGCGCAGUGAGACGUACGUGCUCAAGCAGCAGGGCCACUAUCACGACAUCACCACCACAGCCUUCUCGCCGGAUGGGGCGCUCAUCGCCACUGGCGCAGACGACUGCAAGGUCAAGGUGUUCCAGCAGAGUAGCGGCUUCUGCUUCGUGACGUUUUCCGACCACAGCGCGCCCGUGACCGCCGUGACGUUCCUGCCCUCGGGCCACGCGCUGCUGUCCGCCAGCCUGGACGGCACGGUGCGCGCCUGGGACCUGGUGCGCUACCGCAACUUCCGCACGCUCACGGCGCCUAGCCCCGUGCAGUUCGGCAGCCUGGCGGUGGACCCCGCCGGCGAGGUGGUGUGCGCCGGCACCGUGGACACCUUCCAGAUCUACGUGUGGUCCCUUAAGACGGGGCGGCUGCUGGACGUGCUGGCCGGCCACGAGGGCCCCGUGUCGGCUCUGGCCUUCUCGCCCAUCACUUCGCUGCUGGCGUCCGGCUCCUGGGACCGCACCGUGCGCACGUGGGAUGUGUACGGCGGCGGCGGCGGCGGCGGCUCGGCGGGAGAUGUGCUGGACCACCGCCACGACGUGUUGGCGCUGGCCAUGCGGCCGGAUGGGCGGCAGCUGGCGGCGGCUACCCUGGACGGCAGCAUCUAUCUGUGGGACCCGGUGGAGGGCGUGCUGGAGGGAACCAUCGAGGGCCGGCGCGACAUCCGCGGCGGCCGCCUGCAGGGCGACCGGCGCACCGCCGACAACAGCUCGGCCGGCGCGUCCUUCAACUCGCUGGCGUACAGCGCAGACGGCGCACUGCUACUGGCGGGCGGCAACAGCAAGUUUGUGUGUGUGUACGAUGUGAGUGAGAAGCUGCUGCUGCGGCGCUUCCAGCUCAGUCACAACCGCUCGCUGGACGGCGUGCUGGACACCCUCAACUCCAAGAACAUGACGGACGCAGGGCCGCUGCAGCUCAUCAACCAUAACGAUGACGACGAUGACGAGGCGCUCGAGCUGCUGCCGCCCUCCACGGACCUGGCGGCGGCGGCGGACGUGCCCGGCACCACCGCCGGCAAGCGGCCCGCGGUGCGAUGCCGCUGCGUGGCGCUGUCGCCCACGGGGCGGGUUUGGGCAGCGGCGGCCACGGAGGGCCUGCUGCUGUACGGGCUGGACACGGGUGUGCUGUUCGACCCCACCGACCUCACGGAGGACCUCACGCCGGCGGCGGCGCACGCCGCGCUGGCGGGCGGCACGCCUCUGCGCGCGCUGACCAUUGCGCUGCGGCUGGGCGAGCCGGAGCUGGUGCGCCACGUCAUCCUGGCCACGCCGCCGCGUGACGUGGGCACCACCGCCGCCGGCCUGCCCGCCAUGUUCGUGCCGACCGUGCUGGCGGCGCUGGCGGAGGCGGCAGCCGACUGCCCGCACCUGGAGUUCCUGCUGGGCUGGGUGCGCGCCGUGUGCAGCGCGCACGGGGCCGCACUUCAGGCGGCGGCGGGCGGCGGCGCGCCGGGCACUGGCGUGGCGGCGCGGCUGGCGGCGGCGGGUGUGGCGGGCGGGCAGCUGCCGGCUAGCUCGGUGCUGCCGGCGCUGCGGUCGCUGCAGAAAGUGCUGGGCCGGCUGCACACGGACCUGGCGGCGGCGUGUGAGGGCAAUGUGUACAUGCUAGACUACCUGGCGAGCGUGUCGGGGACGGCGGCGACUGGGGAGCCCGCAAAUGGGGAGCAGCCUGCGGAGGACGGCAGUGGGGGAGCCGAGGAUGAUGAUGAGGAGGAGGAGGAGGCUUCUGAUUGAGGGGCAUGACUAGACACUGCGGAGUGAGGGGGCGCGGGAGCAGGGGGAGGCGCGAUCGGAGGAUGCGCAUGGUGCGAUGGAUGGACACUGGCGUGCGGGCAAGGCCAGUCACCGGCGGCUUUAAACCACCGAUUAUGUAAUCAAUGGUUACC